AUGAUGGUUAUACCUGAAGACAAACCUCUGCAUCAGAUUGCAGCUCUCAAACAAGUAGCAAAACUGCUCUAUGACACCUCAGAGACAUCGGUUCUGACCUGCCACGCAAAGAAUGAGCUUGGUCAACUCAUUGCCCUCCUUGGUCUCUCAGGGAAACAUUUCCUUGAAUGCCCAGAGAUCGCGGGUCCCCAGGAACAAAGGAAGUUGAAGAUUUAUCACUCUAUCCUGGUGGACUUGAAGAAAGUCCAGAAAAGUACAACUGAAGUUGACUCGCCGGAGGUCAUCGAGGAUGUUCGCGCUCUGAUUGAUGACAUGAAUUUUGGUCUGAGCAUUAUGAACGCCCGUAUGGUAGUAUCGUCACAGAACAAGAUGAAUCAAAUGCUUCGGGAUUACAUCGUUCAUGUUGCCACCGGAAGGCGAAACGCAAACAUUGUCUCGAAUCUUUUCAAGGACGGUUCAUUCUUCGAAAAAGACAAGGCAUGGAGGGAUCUGCAGCGAGAGCUGCAGGACUUUGGCAUGACACCAGAACAGUCUUUCCAGGAGUAUGACUUCAUCCUCAUGACUCUCCGAAAAGCAGCACUCGAGAGCAAGCUCCUCGGAAAUAUUGUUAUACAACCACCGGCGCCCGAAAUUCCCAUGCCCCCAUCGCCAACAACAUUCACAAACUCGUCAAAUGAGGAUAGCAGGUCUUCCUCAGAGUACUCGAGAAGUUCAAGUGAUUAUCUUGACAGCGAAUGCUGCUGGGAGAAUGAUUCGGUGCCGGUCAAUGAUAUUCCCGUCUCCGUUGCCGUCGAGAUCGAGGUCAGCAAUCGCCAGGUCCCUCGCCGACUACCAGGGCGAGCUCUCGAUGAUUUCCCCGGAGCGAGAGACAUAUUCAACCCACUCGACGCAUAUGACAACCAAAUGGUCUUCCGAUCUUCAGCGAUCUCAAAGCCAAAGCCUCCUUUGAUACCCAGCUCUUCUUCCGACCAAAAAGCAGCCGGCUACGGCACCAUCCCUAUAAAGCUAGAAGCAAGAGGCCGCUCCGCGUCCGAAGGCAAUUUCAACCGAUUCUCCAUGUUCGGCUCACCACAAGUCGCAGUCAAGCGAGGCAAGAGGCCCAACCUAAUGAGCCGAAUGAAAUUCAAAAUGACCAACAACAAAGGCGAGUUCUGCUCGUUAGUCAAGAUCGGCGACGUAUACGGAAUCAAAUGUGCGCUUGAAAAGGGCACAAGCGCGAACACCGAGAACCCUCUCGGACAGACGGGCCUGAUUAUCGCUGCCGCCUUCGGCCAUUACGACGUCGUUAUGCUUCUCAUGGACUACGGCGCAAAGCUAGACGCAAUGGGGCACGGCGGGGAGACGGCGCUGUCCGUCGCUACGCUGCGCGGAUACAACGAUAUCGCUGAGCUACUUCUGGACCGCGGUGCGGAUCCCAAUGCAGCAUCUGUGUAUGGCAAGCCGGCUCUCUCACAGGCUGCAGGAACCGGUAAUCUGGCUUUGACUAAGCUUUUGCUGGAUUUCGGCGCGGAUCCCAAUGGUAUUACCGCCUCGGGCGAGACAGCGCUUUCUUAUGCUGCUGCGUGCGAUCGGUAUCAGGUUGCACAGCUGCUCCUCCGCAGUGGUGCCCAUGCUGACAGAACGGGCCAUGCUGGGCAUACGCCCCUUCUCAAGGCUGUUGGUAAAGGAAGUACUCGGAUGGCUCAGUUGCUGCUUGAGCAUGGCGCUGAUCCUAAUCGACAAGAUGGUCGUCAGCAAACUCCAUUGAUACAGGCAAUGCAGCAGGGGAAAUCCGAAAUCCUUGCCUUAUUUCUAAAGCAUGGAUAUGGCCCUGACAAUGGCUCUGGGUCUGCUCUAGGGGGACUGGGCUCAAUGGCUGGAGAAAUUUCGAAGAGGAUGUCGCUCUUCAGCGUAAAUUAA